AUGAAUGCCUCUUAGUUGCUUAAAUCUCAGAAAAAUAUGCAGGAAAACCACUAGUAUGACAUGCAAGGAAGCAUUUUUACUUCAAUAUAUUAAAAGAUUCACGAUAGCCCAGAGAUUCUUGCAGACUUUACCUCUCUUUAUACAAAUAACCAUGAAAAUCAGACUAAAAACUUUGGCCAAGGUAAAAAGUCAGAGGAUUUAGCAAAUAAUAUCCUUAUAAGUUCAAAUUUUUAUGACCAACGAAUUUAUGAUAAGUUUAACAUGUCAGUUGAUGAAGAUCUAAAUCAAUUGGGGAUGGCUUCAUUUUAGAAUGGCUAGUAUCAUAGAGGUGAAAUAGAUAAAAAUAAAAACAUCUCUAAAUUAUAACUUGAGCUAAAUAACAACAUUAACAUGCACAGUGACAGUGGUAAUAAGAAAAAUAAUUAGCUUUCGCCUAAUUAAAAGAAAUAGAUGCUAUCAAUGAGCAAAAUAAUUAAAAACAAUUCAGUUUAAAAGGAUGCAGAGUCUAAGCCAAUCAAAAGUCGGAGGAAGAAAAGUUAAGAAAGGAAUAAUGGGCCAAUAAAUAAUAAUAAUGGAAAUGCUUGUAUUAAAUAAAGCAGUAAUGGAAAUAUAAAAGUACUUCUGAAGAAAAAUAACUCACUUAAAUAGAUAAAUCCAUAGUAACAACAAGCACUUAAGAUUUCGAAAGAUUAGAUAAUAAAUCCAACACUUAUCAUCAAACAAUAAAAUUAUAACUCUAACGGAAGUAAUACUAAUAUCUAAAUACCUUAAAAUUAGCAGUAAUAAAUUGCUUUGAAUACCAGAUCAAGAUCACUUUCAAAUAGCAAGCUACUUAAGAAAAAAUCAUAAACUUAGGGAUAAGAUGGCACAUUAACGGUAGAAGAUGCUCAAAAUACCCAAAGGACGAAUUCAAAAGAUAAAAAUCUGAUUGGAAAUAGCUUUAAUUAAUAAAUGAACUGCAGUACAUAGGGUGUAUAGAAAGUUAGAUGUAAAUCUAGCAAUAAGGCUAAUAUAUAGAAUGGUAUAGAAGAAUAGUAACCAGGACAACCAUAAAUUAAUCAAUAGAAUUCCAGUAAGAUUUUAAUGUUUAAAACCAAUAAUGAAGAAAGUAAUGCUAAAGUAGCAGCUUUAAAAAGUAUUAUCAAGCUUUCAUCAAAUACCAAUACUAAUUAUAUGCAGUAAAAGUCAUCUUAGGCAUCUUAGGUGAACAGAAAUCAUAGCAAAGAAAACAUAUAGAACUAGUCUCAAACUCAAACCUAAAAUGCUCUUUAAUAUAAAUAGAUUUCCCAAAAAUUUAAGUUGAAUGAUGCAGCUGGGUAAGGCUAGUUUGUUUAAAAAUGUGCUUCAGCUAAUUAAAACAAUAAAAAGCCACCUCAAUAAUAGCAAUAGUAAUACAUGCAAAGAAUAUCAUCAUCUAGAAUAACAACGUAGCCGAAUAUGAACUAUCAUACUCAAUUGAAGACAGGUAAAGAUGGUCAAGUUAUUAGUGGGCAGGAUUUGAAAGCACCUGUCAGUUUACAGGACAAUAUAUAAUCACAGCAAGUAAAAAUAAAUAUUAACAGUGGCAAUUCUAGUAAUAUCAUUAGUUAGGAUAAUAAGGAUAACUCAUCUUCUCUUAAAAUGGGAAAUGGCCAAGUAAAUAUUAGAAAUAUCAAAGUAAACAACUAGUAAUUUCAAAAAAUGCAAGAUUAGCAAUAAUAAUUUUAAGACCCUAUUGCCUCUAUAAAUGUUGCAUCAACAAAUAGAGCUCAAAUGGUUCACAAACAAAAAAUGCAUUAAAUCCUACUUAAUUAGCAAAGUAAAAACCAAAAUUAGCAAAGCUACACUCAAUUGAUUUCAAAGUAAAAGAUAAGUAGAAAUGCAAUAAAUUUAGUCGUGACCUGUGAGGACGGUAGUGGGUCAUCAAUUAAUAAAAAGUAAGAGUCGAAACCAAAUCUUAAUGUCUAAAACAAUAUUAUAUCUGGAGGAGUAUUCAAUCAGAAUGAGAGUUUUAGAGCAAAUGAAUUUAAUGUUAGAGAUUAAUUUUCAAGGAAAAAUAGCACACUUAGUAAUGGUUCAGUUUAAACCUAAAUCAAUACAAUGUAAAAGGAACAGUUCCUAGGAAGUAAUUUUAACUCAGAGAAUCAGACUUAAAAGAAUAAUCAUUCAAAGGACCUUAUAUCUAGAAUGUAGAACACUUCCUAAAUAACUUGUAACACAGGUUUAUAAGAAUCAAAUAAAACAGGUAGCAAAAAUCAAAAUCCAUAACAGUUGAACACUGCCAACAUUAAUUAACAGAAGAGAUUAAGCCAAAUGAGUGAUGAUAAAAAAGGUAAAAAGCUAAACUUUUAUAAUCAAAUGAGUCCAACUUCAGACAUUCUAAGUCAACUGAAAGAUAGCCAAAUGAUUUCUGCUUUUAAGAAUUCUGAAGACGAUUUUUGUUUAGAGGACGAAUCGAUCGUUAUAAUUUAAGAAGAUUAGCUAAGGAUUCCAUUGAGAUCUAGUAAACAAUCCUAAUAAUAAUCAGACAAAGUUUUCCUAUUCGAUUAGCCAUCAAUUACAAAAAAUGAAUUUUAACCAUUAUUAUCUCAGCAUACUAUAAAUCCUCUGGAUAGUUAUGACUCAGAAAAGAGUGUUUUUAAGAAAAAGCACGAAACAUCCGUAGUCGAGUAAGAAUCUCUCGUUACUUAAAUCAAAACUUAGCUAAUGAAAAUUCAUUUCUAACAAGCUUUUUAAGGCGACACAAAACUGAAAAGAAGGAGAAAUACUAAUGGUAAAGACUGUCAUACUAUGAGAGAAGGUGGAAACAAAAUAUUCCCAACAGACAUUGAUUCGAGUAGUAAACAAAGUCUGUAAGGAAGUGGAACGUUUUAUUUUGAACCAUAAUUUGAUGAUCUUUCAUUUGAAUUAGAUACCUGCAAUCAAAUAAGAGUACCAAAAAACUUGAACCAGCCUAUUAAUGAAGCAAGAAUUAUGUCUUUGCCGGAUGAUUGUGAAAUUUAUCAAGAAUUUAUAGACCCAAUUACUGGAAAAGUUAAAUUCAAAAUAGAUCAAAAGACAGUCACUAUUUUGAAUUAGAGUGUAAGAAAGGCUAUAAUUCUUAAACCUGAGAAUCUAAUUGUCUAAUAAUCAGUCUAAGAAUUUAAAGACCCAUUAUUCGGAAGGUUAAAAUCUGAUUAUGAAAGUAAGUAUGAGGAAAAAUAAGAUGAAGAGAUCAUUGAAAGAGAAAUAGAAACCACAAUGAAUUUUAUUCCAAAUUGUGCAAACAAUACAAAUAAUACCAAUCAGAGUUAGAUUUUUAGAGAGUCACUUUGUAGCAGUAAUAAUUAUUCAUUGAAUACCUUCUUAAGUGAAGAGGUUUCUAUCAAUAGUAAUUUAUUUUCACAGGCUUUGCAGAAUCAGGGUAGUUAAAUAGCGAACGGUAUUAUGAGUUAUGCAACUGAAAAGUUAUGUGUGAGAGAGGGGGAUCCUCUAUUUUUGUUACCUAGACUAAAUGACAAUUUUUAGGCCAUGCUAAAGCCAGCUAUAUUGAAAAAAGAGCCAGAAUGGUGGUUCGGUAAUGAACUAGCUACAUUGGGCUCAUUUAAAAAUGAUAUUGAACCAGUCCUGGAAACAUUCAUUUUCUGA